CCUGAAUAAACUUACAGAUAACAAGUGAGUGAGACAGUGAAGCCAGAAGGUCGAGGCUUCACCCAGCAGCUUCACUCCUUCACAACAUCCGUCGUGCUGUGAGUGGACACGUUUCGUGCCGUCUGGCCUAAGAUACUGAACCGAGAGUAUGCGUUACGUUGCUGCUUACUGUCUGGCCGCCCUAGGUGGUGGCAGCCCUUCUGUUAAGGAUAUUGAAAAAGUUCUUAGCUCCGUGUCUAUUGAUUGUGAUGCUGCACUGGCAAAGAAAGUUAUAUCAGAACUUCAGGGCAAGAACUUGGAGCAACUUAUUAAUGAAGGCCUAAGUAAAAUAGGAUCUUUGCCAGCUGGAGGUGGUGGUGGUGGUGUUGGCAUUGCUGCAGGCGGUGGUGGCAAACCUGCAGCAGCAGCAGCAGCAGCAGCAGCUCCAGCAGAGAAAAAGGAAGAAAAGAAGCCUGAAGAACCAGAGGAAGAAUCUGAUGAUGAUAUGGGCUUUGGUCUCUUUGAUUAAUCACUUGAUACAAAAUAAAAUGCUUUUGUGAAA